AUGGUAUCUCUCUCAACCGUGCGUGCCCAUAAUGCAUUGUUAAAGAGCCUGGGCUCGGGGCUUGUUGCUGUAUUUGUGGGCGGAACAAGUGGAAUUGGUCUAUACACAGCGCGCGAAUUUGUUCGCUACACUAUUUCCCCGACCGUCUAUCUUGUUGGACGCAAUGAGACGCAAGCACGGCAGGUUAUCCAGGAAUUGAGCCUCGUCAAUCCAAGCGGCAAAUUUCAGUUCAUCCAGACGGACGCGUCGCUUUUAAGUGGUGUGGACUCUGCUUGUGAGGUGAUUCAACAGAAGGAAAACCGGAUUAACCUUUUAUUUUUGAGCUGUGGUAUUUUUACUUUGAAGGGGAGAGAUGAGACCUCCGAAGGCUUGGAUAAGAAAUUCAGCCUCCACUACUACGCCCGAAUGCGCUUCAUCAACAACCUAAUACCACAAUUAACUCAGGCUAAUAGUAACAAAGGCUCUACCAGUGCUCUGUCCCGUGUUAUAACCGUCCUAGGAGCAGGCCAUGAAACAAAAAUUGACAUGAACGAUCUUGACCUAAAACACAAAUACAGCCUUGAUAGCUGUGAUGUGCACGCCACGACAAUGUCUUCGUUGAUGGUCGAAGAAUUCGCAUCCCGAUAUCCGUCUACAACUUUCAUACAUACUUAUCCCGGGAUUGUGAAGUCGGGCAUCUCUCGCGAAGCAGGCCCAAUUGUAGGCCGCCUUGUUAGGGCUGUGAUGUUUCUAGGCCGACCGUGGAUGGUUGCUGAGCAGGAGAGUGGGGAGAGGCAUCUGGGAGAUAGUAGGGUUCAUGCCGCGGUGAGUCGGCGGGGGGCUUAUUUGGUGAAGUGGGACGGGUCUGAAGUUGGGGAUCGCAGGUUUCUUGAUGAGUACCAUGCUAGUGGCGUUGGGAGGAAGGUUUGGGAGCAUACUGAGGAGAUGCUUCAGACUGUGUUGAAGAGAAGAUAG